AUGCAACAAACAAAUAAUAAAAGUAAAGAAAAAAAAUCAAGCAGCCCAGCGUUGCCAAGCCUGACACUUGCUUUGGAUUUCGGGAAAUCUUCAGAUCCUUUGAAAAUCAAAGAAAAAGUAUCAUUUCUUAACCGAACUUUAUAUAAAUCAGAAAUCAUGCAUGAUACACUAAUACAUCUUGAAAGAUCAGCAUUAAGAGGAGAAGGUAUUGAAAAACCUGAGCCAAAAUCGCCAAUUAGACCACCCAAAAAGUCAAACGACUUAGCCGAAAAACUAAGAGCUGAGCACAGCCCUGGAUUUGAUGGCACCCAAAUACUGAAACUUCCUAAAAUGUCUUAUGGGAGACACAAAACCUAUAACGAAGAGCCAGAGUUUGUUAAUAAGCAUUUUGUGAACAAAAACAGAAUAAGUUUGAGUCCAGAGCAUUCUAAAGAAUAUAGCGAAUUAAAUAGAAAGUUCAGAGCUUAUAAGAAGAAAAAUGAUGGAAAUAAAAUCACAAGCCCAAGAAAUACACAAAGAUGAGGAUCGGUUGAUUUGGAAUUUUAUGACAUGGACUCAGGGUUUUUAGUGUGUAAUAAAGAGCAGCAUGUAGUCGAUUCCUAUGAAAAUACAAGAAAUCAGAUAAAAGUGAUUUAUCAAACCUUUAGAAAUAUUGACGAUGAAAGAUUGGAGAAGAAAAAGUGACUUGAAAGAAACAGAGAACUAAGGCUAAAAGAAGCAGAAUUAAUGAAAAGGCUUCAUCCUACCUCUAGACUUGACUCUGAUGUCUCUAGAGUGUAUAUAUAUGGGAUUUUCCCAUGGAUGGCGCUAUUUUGGGCCUGAUUUUCCCACUAGGAAAAUUUUUUUGGUUUGGGCCAAACCAUAGCACUAGUUGAACCAAAAAAUUUUUCCCGUGUGAAAAUCAAGCCAAAACAGCGCCAUCCACAGGAAAUUGCAAUAACCAAAUACAGCCCUCUAUUUGACCACACAGAAUCUCCUCAAACCACAAAACCUAUAAUUCAUAAAAAAUUCAAUUUUCCUUAA